CACUGCAGUAAGAAGAAGAAGCAGCAGCAUCACUGCUCGGAGUCACAGCAUCACCGGACAUCCACACCGCGAGUCUCUCUGCCAUUAUAUCUGCAUCACGGCUGAGAGACGAAGCUUCACGGGAGAACCAGAGGACAUGGUGCCUUUAUUUUUGUUCCUGGUCGUCCGCAUUGGCGCGUCCAUCCCACAUCCGACACCUGCAGGUGAAGUCUGUGAACUGGUUCCAUGUGAGAACGGUGCUGACUGUCCCAGUACACCAGCUGACGAAAAUGUUUCCUCAUCAGGCUGGAAGUGGGAAGAGCAAGCUGUAAUUGCGCCCUGCAGCCCGAACCCGUGUCAUAACGGAGGGGUGUGUGAGCUCGGUGAGACCUACCGCGGUGACACUUUUGUCCGAUAUUUGUGUAGGUGUCCGCUUGGCUUCGAUGGUGUCCAUUGCCAACACAAUCUUAAUGAGUGUGAGAAAAACCCAUGUAAAAAUGGAGGCAGCUGCACAGACCUGCGAGCAAACUACACCUGCCAUUGUCCCGGCGAAUACAUGGGGCAGAACUGUCAGUACAAAUGUUCUGGACCUUUAGGGAUGGAAGGGGGGAUCAUUUCGAACCAGCAGGUAACAGCUUCCUCCACACUUCGAUCUCUGUUCGGCCUGCAGAAAUGGUUUCCGUACUUCGCCCGACUCAACAAGAAGGGCCUUGUCAAUGCCUGGAGCGCAGCCGAGGGUGACCGAUAUCCAUGGAUUCAGAUAAAUCUGCAGCGGAGGAUGAGGGUGACCGGACUGAUAACACAGGGUGCCAAGCGAAUUGGAAGCCCAGAGUACGUGAAAUCAUAUAAAGUAGCAUACAGUGACGACGGGAAGGCCUGGAGCAUGUUUAAAGUCAAGGACACAGAUGAGGACAUGAUAUUCACUGGAAAUACUGAUAAUAAUUCCCCCUCAGCUAACUCCUUCAGUCCACCAAUCGAAGCGCAGUACAUCCGCAUUUACCCACAAGUCUGCAGGAAACACUGCACACUGCGAAUGGAGCUCCUGGGCUGUGAGCUCACAGGAUGCUCAGAGCCCAUGGGGAUGAAGACCGGACACAUCCAGGACUACCAGAUCACCGCCUCAAGUGUGUUUAAGACACUGAACAUGGACAUGUUCUCCUGGGACCCCUCCAAGGCCAGACUGGACAAACAGGGCAAGGUCAACGCAUGGACAUCAGCCCAUAACGACCAGUCCCAGUGGCUGCAGGUGGAUUUGCUGAUUACCACCAAAAUCACAGGAAUUAUCACCCAAGGAGCCAAAGAUUUCGGACACGUGCAGUUUGUCGGUUCCUAUAAAGUGGCGUUCAGUAAUGAUGGGGAGAAAUGGCUCAUUUAUCAGGAUGAGAAGCAACAGAGGGAUAAGAUCUUCCAAGGAAACUUUGACAACGAAACACACAGAAAGAAUGCAUUAGAUCCGCCGAUUUACGCCCGAUUCCUCCGGAUUCUUCCGUGGUCGUGGUAUGGACGCAUUACUAUGAGAGUGGAGCUUCUGGGGUGUCCGGAGGAACAAUGAAACUACGGCACAUUUUAUGACAGACUGUGUAAAAACAACAUUUCUAAUUGUGAUCUUUCAAGGAUGCUUUGGCCUGAUUGGAAAAUGAAAGAUCUUUUGAUUACAGUCAAAAAGUUGAUGAUAGUCAAUGAUUGUUGAAUUUUUUUUCUCUCGCUCUGGAAACAGCAAUUCACCAUGCUUCUCAAAUGUUACUGUCACUGUACAACUGACUACUAUAUUUCAUAGUAUUAUUAUCAGAAAUAGUUCAAUUGUAUUCACUCAGGUCAAAGGCCACAUGCUAGAAUAGUUCAAGUAUAUGAUUUAUGAAUAUAGAGAGGAGGUGAGAACUGGUGUUCUUAUGAAUUUAUGUGGUGUAAUUUGUAAUUUAUUACAAUUCAAUUGAAGCAAAAUCUAUGAAUGAAAAGUAUAGGAGUGGGGUAAACUGUGACGCUUAGCAAGAUUUACUUCACAUGGAAAGACACAGAUUUAAGACUAAAGGCUCAUUCACACCAAGAACGAUAACUAUAUUUGUGUCCACAUAACGUUUGAUGUAGUUCUGUUUAUUUAUUAUAAACUCACAAUGAUUUGUCAUCAGCCUUUAAAUGCUCUGUUAUCAUUAUAUAGUGGUGUAGACUCUGCUAUUCUUAGCAAUUUAGAAUUCGUUCGUAACUAUAUCUUUUCUGUUAUCUUAGUGAUCGUCCUUGGUGUCAACAGGCCUUAUGUGUGAUCAGAUUUACCAUUGCUUGGCAAAUUUUUUGGGUGAAAUCCAGUCAUUUAAACAGAAAACCACAAGUUUGGGAAUUUUGCAUGAGGGGAAUUUUUCCACGCACCAAUUUCACUACAGUUUCAAGUCGGUCACAUGAAUUAGCCGCUUUGACCAACAGAGAGAACCAUUAUUCUACUCUUAAAAAUAUUUUAGGAAUAAAAUGUAAGUUUCAUGUAUUCAGAAUAAAAUUUUCACCCGUUUGAAAUACAGAGUUUGAACUCAAAACAAACUAAUAAUAAUAACAUGAUGCAUUUUUAAAUAAACAAUAAACAAGUUUAUAUAUUUAUCAUAAAUAAAACAAAUUUAAACCGAAUUCACAAUGAAAAGAUUCAUGCUCAUUCUGUAAUUUCAAUAAAUGCAUUUUGAAAAUAUGAUUAUUUAAAUGAAAUCAAAUUGAAAUAGCUAAUAAAUCUUGCCAUGAUUUCGAGUGAAUAAAAAUCAACUUGAUUUAUGUAUGACUGAUAAAUAUGCAUCGCAUUAAGUUUAUUAGUUUGUGCUAAAACUGUGUAUUCCAAAUGAAUAUAUUCAAAUAUGUAUAUAUUUACUUUUCAAAUGAAAAUUAGCCCAUAAAUUACUCAUCCUCAAGUCAUCCUAGGUUUAUAAGACUUUCUUCUUUCAGAGGAAUCCAGUUGGAGAUAUACAAAUAAUUGUCUUUGAUCUUUCAAGUUAUUUAAUGGCACUCAGCCGGUGUUGCAGUGCAUCAGUCCAAAAGAGGUGAAAUAAAAAGUGCCCAUCCUUAAUGAAAAGUGUCUCACAUAGCUCCUGGGGGUGAACAAAGUCCUCCUGUAGUGUGUUUUUCUAAGAAAAAUAACCAAAGCAGUUCUGGGCCGUACAGCAAUUAUGUACGAGGCCGACUUUGUGCAUGCGCCUCUCAGAAGUGACGAACGCGGAAGCACAGCGUGACAAUGGUCACUAAUCAGAAGUAUAAAAUGAAUAUUUAUAAAGAAGAAUGUUUGAGGAUUUCGAUAUAAGCCAAGAGGAGACUGGUUUUAUGUUGCUAAAGUAAGGAAACUUUGCGUCCUUUGCUCCUUUUAACAAACGUUGUUUUUUACGAGAUUCACUGGUGCAUGCACAGUGCUGAACUCAUACGCAAUGUGCCUGCAACUGCUUAUGUGUACAAUUGUUGAUGGAAGCUACAUUAAAUUGACUAUUACGUUUUGAAUAUUAUUAUUUUUCUUACAAAAACGCAUUUGAAUCACUACCUUUGUUCACUCCCAGGAUUUGUGUGAGACACAUUUUAUUAUGGAUGGGCGCUUUUUAUUUCACUUCUUUUGGACUGAUGCCUGAACACCUGCUGAGUGCCAUUAAACAGCUUCAAAGAUCAACGACAGUUUUUAAUAUCGACUGGUUUCGACUGAACGAAGAAAGUUAUAAACACCUAGAAUGACUAGAAGUUGAGUAAUUUAUGGGCAAAUUUUCAUUUUGGGGUGAACUAACCCUUUAAGUGGGCGAUACAUUUACUUGCAACAACUUAGCGUUCAGUAAUUCAGAUAUGUCCAAAGUCAACACAAACAACAAAGUAAACAUGGAAUCAAAAUUAAAUGAGUUACUGCUGUAAAUAAUUCAUUUUUGUACCAUUUCUCUCAAAAAUUUGUAAAAAUACAGAAGUGAAUUGAUAUUUACACUGACUUUCAUGUUGCCUUUAACUCAAACAAGUGAUAACAAGCCAACAAACAUUUUCUUUCUUUUUCUUCCUUUGUAGUGUUUUUUGAAAACCUGUAAAUACAAAUCAGUAUAAAGCAAGAACAGUUUGGUAUAAUCAUAUAUAUACUAGCUUUCUAUUUCUUCACUGCUGUAUUCACUGGACAGUUAUUGAACAGACCUGAUUAUAAUGUACAAUAGUAUUGCUGAACUCUUAAUGGUCAUUUUAACAAUAAAAAUCAA